AUGUUGUUCAAUGUUGCUCAUAUACUGUAUACAGGGGUUACUGGUGCAGCAAUUGCAGGAGUGUUAAUAUGCAUCGCAAUUCUCUAUUUAAGAUACAGAUCUUCAAUCUGGAAAGGACAUUUUACAUUGACUACAAAAAGUAACCAAAUUGAAGAAUUCCUUAAAAAUCAUGGUGCUCUAACAUUAAAAAGAUAUAAAUUAUCAGAUAUCAAGAAAAUGACCAACAACUUCAAAAUUAAGUUGGGGCAAGGUAGUUUUGGUGCUGUUUACAAAGGAGAGCUACUUAGUGGUUGUCCUGUGGCUGUAAAGAUAUUGAAUGCAUCCAAAGGAAAUGGUGAAGACUUUAUCAAUGAGGUGGCUAGCAUUAGUAGAACUUCUCAUAUUAAUGUUGUCACUCUUCUUGGAUUCUGUUUCGAAGGACACAAGAAAGCUCUCAUUUAUGAAUUUAUGCAUAAUGGUUCACUUGAGAAGUUUAUUUACAACAAGGAACUCGAAGCCGCUCCAUCACUGAGUUGGGAUAAUUUGUGGCAAAUUUCCUUAGGGAUAGCUCGAGGAUUAGAGUAUUUGCAUAAGGGAUGCAACACUCGAAUUUUACAUUUUGACAUAAAACCACACAACAUUCUUUUGGACGAGGAUUUUUGUCCCAAAAUAUCUGAUUUUGGGCUUGCAAAGGUUUGUCCAAGGAAAGAGAGCAUUGUUUCCAUGUCAGAUGCCAGAGGAACAAUAGGGUAUGUAGCUCCAGAAGUAUGGAAUAGAAAUUUUGGUGGAAUUUCACACAAAUCUGAUGUUUACAGCUAUGGGAUGAUGCUGCUAGAAAUGGUGGGUGGGAGAAAGAAUAUUAAUGUGGAAGCCAGUCACACAAGUGAGAUAUACUUUCCACAUUGGGUAUAUAGCAGACUAGAACAGGGUGGAGAUUUAAGGCCUGAUAAAGUGAUAGCCACAGAAGAAAAUGAGAUAGCAAGAAGAAUGACUGUAGUAGGUUUAUGGUGCGUUCAAACAUUUCCAAAAGAUAGACCUACUAUGAGUAGAGUAAGAGAUAUGCUAGAAGGUAACAUGGAUUCCAUAGAAAUGCCCCCCAAACCUGUUCUUUCUUCUCCCACUAGAUCCGUGUCAUAUUAUUCUACCACUAGUUAACGUAAAUUUCUUUGCAAUUUGAGUAGAUCUUGUAAAAUGGACCACUCAACAUAAUAAUUUUGUGCAUUUUGAAGCCUAGUGGAUCUCUUACGUGUGUCA